GCUGCUCUCUGAAGGCUCGGAUUGUGCUAAAGCCACACACACACACUCGGCCCAAGGCAGACGGCGACGGCGACGACGGCGGAGCACGUCACCCGCACCGACCGGCGGCGAGCCCCCGAUCGAUCGAUUCGCGCCGCAGUUCGGUCACCUACCCCGGCCGCGUAGGGUUCGCGCAGGGGAUCGAUCAUGGAGCUGCCGGCGGCCGGCGGGGGCCGGCGCACGAGCUACUCGCUGCUGUCCCAGUUCCCCGACGACGCGGCGGUGGCCGGGGCCUCCCCGGCCGUGCUGCAGAGGCAGUCGAGCGGCGGCAGCAGCUACGGCGCCGGGAGCUCGGUCUCGGCCUCCAGCGACUACCCGUUCCACCUGCCCCCGGCGGCCGCCGCGGGGGCCGGGGGAGGGGGAGGGGGCACGCCCUCCCCCUGCAAGAGCUGGGCGCAGCAGGCGGAGGAGACGUACCAGCUGCAGCUCGCCCUCGCGCUCCGCCUCUGCGCCGACGCCGCCUGCGCCGCCGACCCCGGGUUCCUCGACCCCGGCGACUCCGGGGGGUCCAAGAUGGGGGGCGGCGGCGGCGGCAGCGGCAGCGGCAGGGCCUUCCCGCUCGCUCCCCCCUCCCCCACCGCCGAGGCCCUCUCCCACCGUUUCUGGGUAAACGGCUCGUUAUCAUACAGCAACACGAUACCGGAUGGGUUCUACUUGAUCCAAGGGAUGGACCCCUUUGUGUGGUCGAUGUGCACCGACGUGCACGAGGAGAACCGCAUACCCUCCGUGGAGUCGCUCAAGUCUGUCCGCCCCGACGAUUCUUCCAUCCAGGUGGUCCUCGUCGACAGGAGAGCUGAUUUCGAUUUGGGUAUGCUGGAGAACUAUGCGUCCAGUUUUCUGUCCAGCUCCUCCGACAUGAAAGAUGUCAUAAAUCAAUUAGCCAAACUUGUGUCUUCCAGAAUGGGGGGUACAACCUCCAACGAAGAGAACUUGCUUCCGCGCUGGAAAGAGAGCAGCGAGGCAAUAAAAUCAAGUGCAGGAUCUAUUGUGCUUCAUCUGGGGAAGCUGCCGAUUGGUCUCUGCAAGCACCGCUCUCUGCUUUUUAAAAUGUUAGCAGAUAAAGUCAACAUACCAUGCAGAUUAGUCAAGGGCUGUAAAUACUGCAAAGCUGAAGACGCCUCCUCCUGUGUUGUACGUUUUGGGCUUGAAAGGGAAUAUCUGGUUGACUUAUUUGGGGCUCCAGGCCAAUUAUCUGAUCCUGAUUCUUUCGUCAAUGGUCCCUACUCGCUGUCGGUUCCAUCACCUCUCCGUCCACCAAAAUUUAGGUCGUUAGAGAUCACUUCAAAUUUCAGCUCAGUUGCUAAGCAAUACUUCUCAGACUGUCACUCGCUGAAUCUAUUGUUCAGUGAUGCUUCCACAGGUGCUUCUAAUGGUGCUGCAGUUGCUGUAGACCAAAUGUAUUCGAAGAAACAUGAUGCAGGGGACGGGAUUGCCAACAGCUGGGUGCCGGUGAAAGGGCAAGCAAUUGCGAACUCAGACAUUAUUCUGCCAGAAGCUCCUCGGGAAGUUUUGCCACUUAUGACACCAUCCAAUUUGACAGCUGAUAAAAAGAAAGAGUUUCAGUUGAUCGAGGGGAAUCAGUAUCUACGGAGUACUGUCAGUGAUCUGUCACUUGCUGUGGAUGAUCUGAUCAUUCCAUGGAGUGAGCUGGUUUUAAAGGAGAAGAUUGGAGCAGGUUCUUUCGGAACAGUUCAUCGUGCUGACUGGCAUGGAUCGGAUGUUGCUGUGAAGAUAUUGAUGGAGCAGGAUUAUCAUCUAGAUCGCUUCAAGGAAUUUAUGAGAGAGGUCGCAAUAAUGAAAAGUCUGAGGCAUCCAAAUAUUGUUCUAUUCAUGGGUGCUGUUACUGAACCCCCAAACCUUUCAAUAGUUACGGAAUACUUAUCAAGAGGUAGCUUGUAUAAACUUUUGCACAGGAGUGGUGCAAGGGAGGUUCUGGAUGAGAGACGCCGCUUGAACAUGGCAUUCGAUGUGGCAAAGGGAAUGAAUUAUCUACAUAGACGUAGCCCUCCUAUUGUUCACCGUGAUUUGAAGUCUCCAAAUCUUCUAGUCGACAAGAAGUAUACUGUGAAGGUAUGUGACUUUGGGCUUUCGCGACUAAAAGCCAACACCUACCUGUCCUCAAAAUCUUUGGCAGGAACCCCUGAAUGGAUGGCGCCUGAAGUGCUUCGAGAUGAGCCAUCCAAUGAGAAGUCUGAUGUCUACAGUUUCGCCGUAAUCCUGUGGGAACUUAUGACAUUACAACAACCAUGGUGUAACCUGAAUCCUGCCCAGGUGGUUGCUGCUGUUGGCUUUAAAGGAAGAAGACUUGAAAUUCCAAAGGAUUUAAAUCCUCAAGUAGCUGUAUUAAUUGAAUCCUGCUGGGCGAACGAGCCAUGGCGGAGGCCCUCGUUUGCUAAUAUCAUGGAAACUCUGAGACCUUUAAUUAAUAAGGUCCCGGUGCCGCAGUUGAUCCGUUCAGACUCGUAGCAGUCUCAAACUGUUGAGGAAAGAAGCAUUUCCUUAAAGCUGUCAUGGUAGUAUCGGCAGGGAGGAGUCUUUUUUAGGGUAUUUAGGCUGUUUAUGAUGGAUAAUUUAUCAACAGUAUUACUCUAUGCUAAGAAUAAGGAGGACUUGUUGUUUUACACUUUGAAGUAAAAUGUACCUGGCAACUCCCUUCCAUGGCUCGAGAACUGCUUAAUGUUUGAUAACCUGAUAUCAAUCAUGACCAUCCGUUGUUUCCUGUAGCGACCAUUGAAACAAUGGACAUCGUCCAGAGAACCAUCCUCCCCCGUGACGACGGGGUCGCGAUGAGUUCCAGACAUCAGAAGCUCGUGGUCAUUAAGCUGUGUAAAUUAUAGUUUCCCACUAGACACGUUUGUAUAUUUAUGCUAUAAAACAUGUUGUAUGUAAGUAACUAGAGUUAGCUCUGAAAUGGUGUUUUUUUUUUGGGUGCUGACUGACUGACUGACUGACCUCCCUCAGCCCAGCCAGUAACUACUGCUGUGUAUGUAUAUGUGUUGUAUUAUCAUGUGGUUGUUGUGUGGCA